AUGCUGGACUCACUGACAUUUCUAUUUGAGAAAUUCUUUCUUUUCUCAAACUUCAAUAUUUUUAAAAGUCUAAGUGAGAAGGAGCCAGACAGUGUAGUGAAAUGUCCAGUGCUCAGGAGAGGAGAUCUACUGGAGGUGCACCGCACUAUCUUCAUUCAUUACGGCAUCUAUCUGGGCAACAACAGGGUGGCACACCUGAUGCCUGACAUCAUGCUAGUAUUAACCAACAACAAGCAGCACAGUAAACCAGUGGUCACUAACAAAAGACUCCUUUUAGGCUGCAUGUGCAGAAAGGCGAGUAUACGUGUCGAUUCGGUUGAAGAUUUCAGGUAUGGAGCUCAGAUUAUGGUGAAUGAUAUGGACAUGAAAAUGAAGUGUCAAGCACUGGCGAGCGAAGAAGUCGCAAGGAGAGCAGAGAAACUGGUCGGUGACAUUCCGUACAGUUUAUUAUGGAGUAACUGCGAACAUUUUGCGACGUAUUGCAGAUAUGGGACACCUGUGAGCCAGCAGACAGCGAAGUUCUGUGACUGUCUGAAAACCAUAAUUUGGGACCAGAGAAGUGUGGCCUUAACUGUUGGGAUAGGGGUGAUCUACAUCCUGUGCUUUGGCCUGGCACCUUCAACUAUUUUACCCACAAUCCUUUUCCCCUUCAUUCUGUGGAUGGCUGGCUGA